AUGCUCAUGGGAGGCGACGAGCUCGAGCCACUGUCCGGGAACUGCGGCUUCGACGCCUUGGACUGGGAGAUGCUCGCGAACGGCGGCGUUCGUUCCUUGCCGAUUGAUCUCGGAUUGCAAGACGGAUUGCAAAUAGCCUCGGAUGCAUACGUCUCUCCCGUGUCAUCCUCACAGGCUUGUACAUGCGACGAAGACGUUUCCAACAUAGUCCGGAACCUGGGCCGUGCAGAGAUGUCGCACGAUAUCAUUCACAUGCUUCGCACAGGGGUGUCUCUCACAGACAGGCUACUGACUUGCCCUAUCUGCUACGACGUGUCAAAACCGCCUCGAGUAACGGUGCAAAAUGUCCUCCUCGUCGGCCAGCUUAUGUUGGAAAUAACAUCCGGCUACCAAAAGUACCUACACUGGCUGAAUAAACACUGUGCCGAGCUCGAUGCCAGGAAUGAAAGUGAAACUGUCUAUCUCGACCCCGGAAUUGGAAUUCCUUCGGAACUAAGUUUACAAAUCAGCGGCGAGAAGUUCAGAGAUCUCGUCAUGCAUGGCCUUGAGACCGAUGCCGAGCGGCUUUUGGCACUGGGCAAGGAAUUUGAGCAGCGGCAACGCAAUCGCCAUAGGGUUGGUCAUGAAACUUGCCCCGAUCCUGAAGGACGCUGUCGGAGAAAAGAGCAUGAUCCCCUUGACCUUUGUCCGCAAAACCCUGCGGCGCGGAAGUUGGUGCCUUGUUUCCGCAUCGUUGAUGAGGUACAGGGGAUGAUCAAGGAAGUUGCAGAUGCCGUCGUUAACGAGUCCCACGUAUAA